AUAUAUAGAUAUAUAUAUAUUUUUCUCUACUCCAUUUUAUACUAAGAUAAAAUUAUGCUAUCUAUCAGUAAGCGGUUGAUUCUCGACGAGUCAAUUCCUCGUUGCAAUAGUAGAAUUAUAAAAGAGACAGUGCGAGACUUUCACUUUGAAUUUUUAAAGUUCAACUUGUGAAAUCAAAUGAAAAUGUGUUUUCUCUCUUUUCUAAAAUGCAGUGAAUAUUAAAAAUAAAAAACAUUUAUUAAAAAAAAUUAAAAACUACUUUUUUUUUGCUCCCAAUUAUUAUUUAAGACAGUGGUGAGUUAAAGAGAUAAUUGCAAUAUGGAUCAAAGUCCUGAGAAUUCAGAUGAAGCAUUAAAAACGGAACAAUGUGAAGUUGAUUUAGCUCCCUAUCAAAAAUUAUUAACUGAAAAUAAUGAAAAUUCCGAUGGAAAUAAACAAAUGAGCAUUGAAUUUGUUAAUUUAAAAUACAGUGUCGAGUGUAAAAAAGGAAAUUUUAAGGAUAUUCUCAGAGAAGUUUCGGGACGUUUUCUGCCAGGAAGAUUGACGGCAAUUUUAGGACCCUCUGGUGCAGGAAAAACGAGUUUGCUAAAUAUUUUAGCAGGACGAAAAAAAAUAGAAUCUCAAGGUUGUAUAAUCGUGAAUGGAAUGAAAAUAUCAUAUCAAACUUUGCAAAAACAUUGUUGCUAUAUUCCUCAAGAAUUCGCAUUAAUGCCACUUCUCACCGUAAAGGAAACUCUUUUAAUCGCUGCGGAAUUAAAGUUAAACAAUACCUACGAUGCACGCGCUCGAGAAUUGAUAGUAAACGAGAUUGUUAAUAAACUUAAUUUGAAUGAAUGCUGGAACUCAAUAGUACAAAGACUAAGUGGCGGAGAAAAAAAACGAUUAUCUAUUGGGCUUGAAGUCAUUACAAGUCCUUCAGUACUACUUUUAGAUGAACCAACGAGUGGUCUUGAUAGUGUUUCAUCAAAACAGGUAAUUGAAUUGUUACACUCCUUGGCACAAACAGGGUGUACAAUUAUUUGUUCUAUUCAUCAGCCGAGUAGUCAAUUAUUUUCGCUAUUUGACGAUAUUAUCAUUCUUGGUCAAGGAAAAUGCUACUAUUGUGGUCCUCGGGACAAUAUUGUCGAUACUUUUAGUGAAGCUGGAUUUAUCUGUCCUAAUUUUUACAAUAUCGCAGAAUUUGUCCUGGAAGUGAUAACAGAGAGAAGAGCCGGUGACUUGUCAAUUUUAGAAAAACUUCAUACGAAUAAAGAAAGAGAAAAUAUAUUCUAUGAUGAGACUGUAAAAAACAACAAAAAUAAUGAAAAUAGAAAGUUGUUCAUAUUUAAAAAUUUGGAAAACGAAAAAGACUCUAAUGUGGAAUCGAGGAGGUACGCAGUUUCCAAUUGGGUCCAAUUAAAAGUAUUAUUAAGACGUUCCUUCAUUUGUAUACGACGAGAUAAUACGUUGACAAAAUUGCGUUACACUACUCAUUUAGUUGUAGCACUUUUAUUGGGAAUAGUAUUUUACAAAUUUGGUGAGGUGUCUACCAAAAUACAAAGCAAUAUUGCUUGCAUAUUUUUCAUCUUACUUUUCCUCUUUUUUGCAAAUUCGAUGCCGGCUGUUCAAAUGUUUCCUACAGAGACUGCAGUUUUCGUCAGGGAAAAUUCAAAUAACUGGUAUUCACUGCACGUGUACUAUAUUUCUAAAGUUGUUUCAGAUCUUCCUUUGCAGAUACUUUGUCCUACUAGUCUUUUAUUAAUUGUUUAUUACUUAACCGGACAACCCUGUGAAGUGACGAGAUUCGUUCAAAGUUGGAUUAUUUGUGUCCUAUUCACUAUUCUCGCACAAUCUAUGGGAAUUGUUACGGGAGCAGCUUUCAAUACUGAUAUUGGAAUGUUUUUAAUUCCUGCACUGAAUAUUCCGAUGUUUCUUUUUUCUGGAUUUUUCUUGAAAUUUAGCGAAAUGCCAUAUUAUUUUCGUUUUAUAUCUGAAUUGAGUUACUUCAGAUACGCUUUUGAAGGAAUACUUCAAGCGAUUUAUGGAUCAAAUCGUCGGAUUUUUAACUGCACUGUCGAGAUGUGUAUCACACCCGGAAGAAUUUUAUCUCAAUUAAAUAUGCCUUCUGUAACGUAUUUAACUACUAAUUUAGCUUUAAUUGCAUGGACUGUUGUUCUUCAUUUUACUAUUUAUUUUGUGCUGAGAUGGAAAUUGUAUAUCGCUGCCAAAUAGAAUUUUUAUACGAAUCAAAAUUUAUGCCAGUCAGAAAAAUGUAUAUUUUUUUACGUGAAAUUAAAUAUUUUUGCUAAAAUAAAUAAAAUUUGAACAUU